AUGGAAAGACCUAUUGAAUUGGAAAAAGUCUCGCUGAUACAAUCAACUCAACAGUUUUCAUACAACAGCCAACGUAAGAAGCAUAAAUGGCAAAAACUGCAAAAACAAGCAAUUGUCAAUGUUUACCCACAAUUUAAAACAUCCCCAAGUGAGGUUGAUGAGAACUUUGAAGCCUAUUGUUGGAGUGAGCUGCUCUUGUACAAACCCUUUCGUCAUAUUCCAACAGAUAUAGGUACAUCGCCAGACCAAAUCAUUGCAAAUUGGAAGCUGUUGUACAUGCAUGGUUACAUACAUUGGCAUAUUUAUGGAAUAGAACAAGAAUACAUGACAGAGAAUGAUGCAGACUCUGAUGAUAAUUCUUUCUUGCAUUCACACAAUGAAGACCAGUAUGAAUGGGAGUACCUUUCACAAAUGGGCGCUUCUAACAAAAUCAACAUAAAUGAUCUCCAGAUGCUGGGUAGACGUGAUUACGAUAUUAACUUUGAUUGGACUGAACCUCAUCCCACUAAUCCCCUUCAUCUUACUAUUGUUACCUUCAUUUCCACAAAUAAAAUAAAUUGCCAGCCUUCCCUUCUCCAACCAGCUUCUUCUACCACUGCCACAUUCCCCUUGGCAGCAAAACAAAAACUUGCACUUGACCUCAUUCUUGCCCAUUAUGCAUCUCAUCAACCCAUACCACCUCUCCAUAUGAUUAUACAAGGCACUCCAAACACUAGCAAAUCCUAUUUGAUACGAUGCAUUAGAAAUAGACUUAACCUUUCUGCAAAUCCAGAGCACAAUCCUUUGCUUGUCCUUGCCCCAACCGGUGUUUCUGCAUAUAAUAUCCAAGCAACAACAAUCCAUGUUGCACUGUGCAUCCCCCUUAGAGAUAUGCAACCUUUGACAGGACAAUCUUUGAUGUUCUUCCAAGAACAAUGCAAACAAUUACAAUAUAUACUAAUUGAUGAGACGAGCUUUUUGGUUCCUAAAUUGCUUUUAAGAAUUGACAACAGAUUGCGUCAGGCAUUACCUCACCGGCAACACAAACCAUUUGGAGGUGUCUCAAUCAUCCUUGUAGGGGACCUCGGGCAACUACCUCCUAUGAUGGACAAGCCUUUGUACGCAUCACAUUCUAUAGCCCUUGCAUUGUGGGGCUCCUUCCAAACUGUGGUUACCUUGGAUACAAGUUUCCGACAGCAAGGUGCCUCAUAUAUCCAACAACAAUUUCAUGCAAUCUUGCAAAACAUUAGGAAUGCCAAUGCACUCCAAACAGAUUGGGAAGCUCUUAUGUCUCGAUCCUCUGCUAAACUAGUUGUUGACCAUAACAAGGACUUUGAUAGUUCAAUUCAUUUAUUUGCAACAAAUGCAUCAGCCAAACACCACAAUACUAAAAUGUUAAAACAAUUGCACUUUCUUGUUGCACGAUGUCUCGCCCAAGUUCCAAGGCAAAAAAACAUUGCAUAUGAUAAUGAUGAGCAACUCCCUUCAGAAAUACUCCUCUCUGUGAAUGAGCAAGUAAUGUUAAUUGCUAAUCUAUGGAUACAAGCUGGUUGGUGA